CGCUUUCCGGUCGGUGUUUUAUAAAUACUGCAGACAGUCGAAGAGUACGGGGAACACGGGAGUCGCUGUAAAAUCACAAAUCCCGGCGGACACGGUUUACGGGUUUAGCGAACGUGCCCUGCGUCUCGAUCACCGCUUCGAGGAAACUAUCACAAUUAACUCGCCUUCAGGUGAGAGUUUAGACGGAACGGGCGAUUGCUCGGAGACAGACCGAGUCAAAGGUGCUAGUGACAUUCCCGCAGAUUAAUUGUGUCCCAGGUUUGGCCGAGAGAAUUCUCGGAACAUGCUGCCAAAGUGCGAACGGGUACGAGUCAGUGCAUCGAAAGUUGUAGAAGGAAAUGUAAAUUGGUGACGAGCGUAUGUUCGUGGAGGGAAAGUGAUAAGUAGUCUGUGUCUCGGGAAAGUGCGAUAAGGGUUAUACCGUUUCUGAGGCGCCAGCUCGUUUUUUGCUCGAGGAAGAUCAUCUCGCAGUGUCGAGUUCAUUUAACAUUUUUUAGAAUAAAGACUCAUUGAUUUCUUGGGAGAUUGAAAGCUGAUCGACGGCAACGUGGAGCGUUCACCGCGAAAUGACAGGAUGUGAGAUUCGUGACCUCUACGUCGACCACAUCGGACAGUUGAACGCGACUUUUGGCUCGAAUUCGAGCCCGUGGUGCAGGAACGACCACCAUCUGUCAGAAUGAGUUUAAUGAAGAAGGCCAUCGGCGGGUCCAUUCACAGGAUACGAGAGUUCGAGCUCGAGAAGGUAAACCUGAUCGACGAGUUCGAUAUUCUGCAGAUCGUUGGCGAGGGAUGGUUCGGCAAGAUCUUGCUGACCGAGCAUCGGAGCACCCAAACCGAGAUGGUAUUGAAGGCACUGCCGAAGGCGUACACGGGACUCUCGGACUUCUUUCGCGAGUUCCAUUAUGGCCUGCAUUUGGCCGCGCAUAGGAACAUCAUCACCACCUACGACGUAGCAUUCGAGACUGCCGGGUUCUACGUUUUCAGUCAGGAAUACGCUCCGUUGGGUGACUUGACGUCGAACGUAACGGAGACUGGGUUGGGCGAGUUUCAUGCGAAGAGGGUGGCGAAGCAAUUGGCCGCGGCGGUGCACCAUAUUCACAGCCGCGAGUUGGUACACCGCGACAUCAAACUAGACAACGUCCUCGUGUUCAGGAGCGAUUUCUCGCGGAUCAAACUGUGCGAUUUCGGUGAAACGAGGCGGGUGAACACCGUGGUGCGACGACACAACGAGUGGCUGCCGUACUCGCCGCCCGAGGUACUGCAGAUCGACACUGACGAGACGUACAAAGCGCUCACUUCGCACGAUGUCUGGCAAUUCGGCAUUGUCCUAUUUGUCUGUCUGACCGGAUGCCUGCCGUGGCAGAAGGCGGCGUCGGACGACCCGCGUUACACCCGAUAUCUAAACUGGCACAACGCUACGCUGAACAUAGCCAAGAAACCGAAAUUAUUUCAGCUGAUCAGCUCACGGGCACAGAGAAUGUUCAAGCGAUUGCUGGACCCUAAGGCCGAAAAACGACCAGUCAGCGUGUUGGAAGUGAAUAAAUACCUGGAGGACAGGUGGUUAGCGAAACUCGGCGCGGAGAAGGCCAUGAACGGUGGCGCCGACGAGAGGGACGAGCUGUGCCCGUCGAUGUACAGUUUCCACAGCUCCCUCGAGGAAAAAAAUCAACUGCUUCACACUCUGACCACGUACGGGAUUGAAACAACCGUCGACAGAGUGAAGAAGAAGGAUCGUAUCCGAGAGUGGAUUCAGGCGAGCACUAUAGUCGAGGAAUACGAGGAGGACGAGUCCGAUUUGAACGGGGACGUACGCGUUUACGAGGACGAAGACGAGGAGCCUAGCUCCAUGAAGGGGAGACACUUCCCCGAGACGCGACCGGUCAUCCAAAGCGAAUCGAGGAGGCACAGAAGGAAAUCGGAUCCUUCGGCACCGAGGAAAAGACAACCCGUGAAACGACAGCCUACGGAGAGGAGGAUUCCGUUCGCGCCACAAGUGGCCGAGGAGCGUGAGACCGUCGCCAGAUUCGCGAGUUUUCCCAACGGUGAUCCGAACUGGGCGUCGAUGAAGAACGGGACUAACGGGAACGUCGUGCCGCCGCUCGAAUUACCUGUGAACACCGAAGCUGUCGAGGAACAGAAGUCGAUGGUGAACGGUCAGGUCGUGAAUAAUUCUACGCCGAACAAUUCCCAAGAGAAUUCUACGAGGUCCAAGUCGAAUUUGCGGGAGGAGAGGACCGUGGAACGGGCGAACUCCCGCGAUUUCAAAGAGCAGACGGUCUCGCAGCUGGACGAACGGAGCUCGCCGAGGAGUCCGCAGAUACCCACGAGGAAGCAUCGUUCGCAAACCGCUCCGUUUCCGGGCUCGCCGGUAUUAAAUGGAAGUCGAGCAGAUCCCGCGAAGAGGAGCUAUUCGACCGCGGUCCUGGCGCAGUCGGAUCCAACGAUCGGUCGAUCCGCGGAGAGGUCAUCGUUGCCGGACGACCAAUCCGCUCGGGGCGAAGGCUCGACCCCGAGAGCGGAGCAUCGAUCCGCGACGCAAUCAAUGUCUCGAGUAGAAAAUCAAUCCGCGGUAAUGCCGCCGCCGGCAACGGCGGUGGUGGCGGCGACGGCGGCGGUUCGAGUGGAGAAUCAAUUGAGUAACGCUUUGCCGGUGACCAGAAAUGAGAAAACUGGACCGGCUCCCUUGGCGCAGACGAAUCCGCUGACGAUGUCCGUCGCGUCUCAUCUCGUCAUGCAGAGCUUCAACGUGUUGCAGGGGAUGAAUCCCGGCGAUAACGGUAAUCCCGUUGCUAACGUUAAUUUAACACCGAAGAACAGCCCUUCGUCCACUCCCAAUAAAAUGUUAACCCCGAAAAACAGCCCGACCACUACGCCGGCCAGGACGUCCACCCCGCCGAAACAGAAAAAUCACAAAAUCGAGGAAACAGUUUUCUACGGGAAAGACCCGUUCGAGCAUUACGGGAUCGCGCAGGGGGCGAUUUUGAGGGGGGAGGCUAUUCGACAAGGCUCGAUGGAAAGCGGCAACAGAUCCGCCAGUAAUUGAGGAUCGAUGUUUGACUUCGCUUUCGCGUUACACGUUGGAUUUAGGCUGUUGAACCGCGCGUAGAUUUGUGGACGGGACACGAUACAUCGUGUCACAUCGGUUUGGCAAUGGUUUACGCGUCGUUUCCGGUUAUGCGGCUGGAGCCCUGCUGCACGGGAUUACUCAUGUAUCGUAAUGGGAAAGAGUACACGUAUAUUUUUGGGAUCAAUCAAUUAAUGAUGAAGUAGUACAGUUGUAAUUGUGAAACAUUCUCAGUAAUGUUUGAGGAAAUCAAGCUAAUAGAUACCUCGUUUCCCAUCAACCGAGUCAUACUAUAAUUACGAUGAAAAGAACAGUAUUACAAUGAAGAGAGCGAAAGGGAUCUAAAAAUUCUUUAACGUUUCGAUUGUUAUUGGCUAGAUAUUAAAUAUCGUAUCGAACGAUGCACUUUCCAAAAUCUUAGUUUAACAUAUACUAUUUAGUUUAUACAAUUAAAUUAUGAUUUUUUAGACAAAUUAAAACAGUUGUAUGUAGGAAAUAAAAUAUUUUACAUUAUGAAGUAAUCAUGUGAACAUACAUAUGUUUCACAAUAUUAUUUGAUUUGGACACAUCACAUUCACCCCACAACGUAAUAUCUGUAUACGUCUGUAUUGUAAGAAUCAUUUGAAUCAUGCGUUGUAACAGCCCGUUCAGGCGAUGUGGUUUUUUCACCAUUUCGGUAGUUUUUCCGAAUCGUCAAUACUCGGGAGCAGCGUUUACAUAUUUUUGUAUUCGGUAAAACAUCGCAUCCUCUGAAUGGAAUGCUACUGCUGGAUUUAUAUAGUUGUCUCGAAUUUAAGCGCAGUAAUGUAUUGUAAAAAUGACUAAAUUCUGAUUAAUAAACGAAUUGAAACAAA